AUGGCGGCGGUGGUGCUCGGGAUCGCGACAUCAGCGCUGGAACACGACCAAUUGAUUGGGAUAAAACGGGUGGCUGACUCCCGGUUCACGAGGGUCACAGGGGACAAUGUUCGUUUCGGCCUAAACAAAGACCUCGGUUUUUCCGAGAAGGACCGCAACGAGAAUAUUCGCCGCAUAGCUGAAGUAUCCAAGCUGUUCGCGGACGCUUCUACAGUCGCAAUCACCUCUUUUAUCUCCCCAUACGUUGCGGACCGUGCCGCAGCCCGGAAGGUCCACGAAUCAAUCCCCUUCAUCGAGAUUCACAUCGAUAUCCCCAUUGCGGUAGCUGAAGCUCGCGAUCCCAAGGGACUCUAUAAGAAGGCUCGUGCGGGUGAAAUCAAAGAUUUCACUGGGAUUUCUGCGCCAUAUGAAGCGCCAGAGAAGCCGGAACUUAGGAUCGAGACAGACAAAGUGAGCGUUGAGGAAGCGGUCAAGAUCAUCGUGGAUUACCUAGAGGAGAAGGGUCUAUUGAAAUUGGAAAAGAGGACGGUUGUUUGA